AGAAAACAUCAGCUACACCGUGGUAUAUUGUCACCGAGUUUGUUUUUAGCAUACAAAAUAUAUAUGUAUAAAAAUGCGAAUUCGUCGCAUCGCGCUAGUGGGGGGCUUUUAGAUAAAAUACUGUUAGCAAUCAAGUCGUGCAUCACAGUUCCUUUGGUCUCGGUGGGCACGUGUCGUUGCAGUUUGGAAAUGAAGCUUUACGGUUUAUUGUUGAGCCUUGUGGCAGUGGCGUCGUGUGGUCCAGUGUCUCAAGAUGAGUUAGUGCUGCGUGGGAUGGUCGGAAAUGUAUUGGAUUGCGCGAACAGCGAUUUCGGGCUAUGCUUGAAGGAACAAGCACUAAGGGCCGCCGAGAGACUUGGAACUGUGCGCAAAUUGAAAAUCUUCGAAGGUGUCACAAUCCUGAAUACCAAUCCUAAAGAAGCCAGAAGCUUAGACGCUUUACCCACAGAUCCUGAAGAAAAGAACAAGCAGAUCACCGAAAGACUGUGGUCUACUGCUUCUGAUUUACUGCAGCGAUCUGAACUUGAGCUAAGCUAUGCUGGUGAGGAAGAAGAAGAAGAAGACACUGAAUCUAGGGCACUUGCAGAAGCUGAAGAAGGGCGUGCUAAAAAGAAGAAGGAACUCAAGAAGAAACUGAAGGUUCUCAUUCCUCUCAUUCUUAUCGCGAAAGCAAAAGCUGUUGCCUUGGUCGUAUUCUCCAUCGUCGUGAUCGCUCUCUCGUUCGCUAAGUUGGCCGUGCUUGCAAAGCUCGCUUUCUUCUUUAAAGCGUUUAGCAUCAUCAAGGCGUUACUGGCUAAGAAACAUCAACACCAACAGGAGGAGGUUUGGGCUACACCCGUCGAAGAAUCACACGGUGGAGGUUACGGAGGUCAUGGAGGCCAUGUAGGUCACGGCUGGGAACAAGGCUGGUCCAGAUCAAAGACCGAAGGAAACAAUUUGGCCUAUUCUGCCCAUAGAAAGUAAAUUCAUGCUGGAAUCGAAUACAGCAUCUAAAUACUAUUGUUUGAUGGAUUCCUUAAGGAAAGUCUAUUUAUUUAUUUAUUUAUAGACUUAGAAUGAAUGAGAUUGGUAUGUGAAUUAUUAUUAAUUUAUUGUAGAUAAAUAUUUUUAAUUCUUUUCGGUCACUUUACAUGUUUUAGAAAGGUAUUAUGUGUCAUGUUAAUUUGGCUGAAAAGGAAUUAUGACUAUAUUUUAGUCUAUUAUAAGGAUUUUGUAUAUAACUUCAUGUAUAAAGUUUUACCGUUUAUUUUAUCCAAUAUUUUAUUGACCUAAAUGUAUACAUAUUAUAUGUAAUUGUGAUAUAUUUAUAAAUUUUGUAUAAUCUUUAAUUAUUUUUUAAUGAUCUCUAUAUAUUCAAGUAUUUAUAAAAGUAUUGUAUCGUGUAUCACGAAAUAUUUGUACUUAAUAAUUGAGUGAAGGAAUGAAUGAUUUUGAAGACCUAUUUAUUUAUAAUGAUAAUUAUGAUAUUAAGCCAUUGAAUAAACCAAAUGCAUUAUUUAAAAUGACUUGUUUUUUAUUUACAUUAUCCCAUUGAUGUUCAAAUUAAACGUUUUCAAUUUGUCACUGAUGGAUUAAAUUUAUGUUUACAUUAUUU